UUGGCUAUCAUAUGCAUGCAGUACCUGUGGAGGCCAGAAGAGGGCAUCAGAAACCCCAGGACUGGCGUUAAAAUGGUUGUGAGCUACUAUGUAGGUGCUGGGAAUUUUACUUAGCCUCUCUGCAAGAGCAACUGCUCUUAAAGUAUGUACAAGUAUUAGCAUCCUGUUUGAAUUGUUUGAGUUUUAAAGAAUGUUACAGUUAAAGUAUGACUUCAGUGCAGGUGAAUGGUUGAAUUAUUAACAUUUCUCUGAGAGUUCUUUAAAGCUUUGAAUUUGUUAGAUUAAUAAUAAUUGUUAUCUAUCUAUCUAUCUAUCUAUCUAUCUAUCUAUCUAUCUAUCUAUUUAUUUAUGAGGCAGGAUUUCACUGUAGCCCAUGAUGCCUGGGACUCACUAUAUUAAUCCAGACUGGUCUUAGACUUGAGAUCCUCCUGUUUUGGUCUCCUGCAUUCUGUGAUUACAGCCACGUACCACUAAGCUUGCUGCCAAACUGUAGUUUUGCUUUGUUUUUUAAAAAUCUAUUUAGUGUGUGUGAAUGCUUUGCAUGCAUGUCUGUCUGUAUGUCACUUGCAUGCCUGGUUCCUUUGAAGGCCAGAAGAAGGCACCAGAUCCCCUAGGUCUGCAGUUAGAGAACUUUGUGAACUGCUGUGUAGGUGCUGGGAAUCGAACUCUGAACCUCUAGAAGAUCACUCGUGCGUUCAACCACUGUGUCAUCUCUAGCCCAAAAGUAACAUUUUAAAGCAUAGUUUUUGAAAAAAAAAAAAUGGUGUCCUUUAGGCACAUUUAAUGAAACAAUCUUAUUCUUUUUCCUUUGAGAAUCGCUGUCUGAUGUGCUCCAGUCUUAUCUUUUAAAGCAUUUCCUAUCUCAGCAGCACUUUUAGAUAGCUGCUGAAGUCACUUCUGUUAAAUCUAAUCUAUCGAAUCUGCCACUUCUAUGCACAAAUUAAGUAGAAGCAUUUUCUUUUUUCUUUUUUAAAAAAAGUAUUAUUUUAUGUGUAUGGGUGUAUGUGCACUGGGUUUGUGCCCAAGGAGAUGAAAGAAGGUAGCAGGUCCCCGGAAACUGGAGUUUUCGGCAUGUUGUGAGCUGUCGUGUGGAUGCUAGAAUUUGAACCCAGGUUCUCUGGAACAGCAGUGUCCUUAACCACGGAGCCAUCUCUAGCCCUAGUAGAAGCAUUUUAAAUGCUCACAGUAUGUUCUUCCAUGUGUUACACUAAAACUUUCAUUUUGUUUUUUUGAGACAGGAUCUCUCCACACUGUAGCCCAAGCAGGCUACACUCAAACUCAACAGCAGUGCCCUUGUCUUGGCCUCCAAGUUAUAAAUACUGGGAUUAUAGGCCUGAGCCGCCAUGUCUAGACCUUGCUGCACUAAUGAGAGCUUUGACAUGCUCUGCAACUGUGCUUGACAGUUGGUCUAGUAAGGUUGUCACCACUUGAAAUGCGACAAAUGUGUGUGGCUGAUGAACUGAAUUUACAUUCUAUUCAAAUUGACACUGUCACAUGGACUUGGACGUUAGUCUACUGGAUAGCUGAACUCUGUGUAGGUGUCAUAGAAAGUCUUACAUAGUUAAGAUAAUGCAAGUGUCUGCAAACAGGUUUUUUCAAACAGAAUUCUAUACCUCAGUUUAUUUUUUGAGAAAAACACAUAUACUGUUAGGUAGCUCAAAAAUAAAUAGCAGAAUGUGGACUAGCAAGAUGGCUUAGUGGGUAAAGGGCCUGCUGCCAGGUGGCUCAAGUUUAGUCUCUGAGACCCAUGGCAGAAGGAGAACCACGUCCUGAGACUCCUGACCCCACACGUGCACUGAAGUUGAGUGCAUGAGCAACAACAGUGAGAGCACUAAAUUAGAUGUAAAGACGAGAUUUAAGUAGCAAGUGGUUAAGUCUAUCUAAGGUAGAAUUCAUUAGCUCUUACCCUCUGAUAGAAGAGAAUGUACUUUACAAACAGACCGUUUGAAUUAGGGAGAGGUACAUCUCUCCAGAUUCUUUUUUUUGUAGUUAGGAAAAUGUUAAAUCUUCCAUUUCUGAAGUGAGAUCCCACUGUAAUAGUUGGAGGCCAUGUUUGCCAGCCUCUGAGUAGAAAGGUGCAUGCCGUAUCUUAGCACAUAAGAACCACAUACCAAGCCAGGCGUGGUGGCGCACGCCUUUAAUCCCAGCACUCGGGAGGCAGAGGCAGGUGGAUUUCUGAGUUCGAGGCCAGCCUGGUCUACAGAGUGAGUUCCAGGACAGCCAGGGCUACACAGAGAAAUCCUGUCUCGAAAAAACAAACAAACAAAACAAAACAAAACAAAACAAAAGAAUCACACACCAGACUGGGCAGUGGUAGCAAAAACCUUUAAUCCCAGCUCUCAGGAGGCAGAGGCAGGCUGAUCUCUGAGUUCGAAGCCAGCCUGGUCUACACAGUGGGUCCAGGACAGCCAGGAAUUCCUGUCUGGAAAAACCAAAGAAAAGAAAAGAAGAAAAGAAAAAAGAGAAGGGAAAGGAAGGGAAGGAAGGAAGAAAGAUAGAAAGAAAAAGAUAGAAAGAAAAGGAAAGAAAGAGAAAGAAAGAAAGGGAAAGAAAGAAAGAAAGAAAGAAAGAGAAAGAAAAGAAAAGAGGGAGGGAAAAGCAUAUACCAAGCAGUCUCACUUUGAUGUAAUAGAAAGUAAAAAAAAUUUUUUUUUUUUAAUUAAUUUAUUUAUUAUAUGUAAGUACACUGUUGCCGUCUUCAGACACUCCAGAAGAGGGAGUCAGAUUUUGUUACGGAUGGUUGUGAGCCACCAUGUGGUUGCUGGGAUUUGAACUCUUUUUUUGCUGGGAUUUGAACUUGACCUUCGGAAGAGCAGUCGGGUGCUCUUACCCACUGAGCCAUCUCACCAGCCCAAAAGUAAAAAUUUUUGACGGAAAAAGGUUUUUCAUUUGUUUCAUAGCUGAGAAUUCAUAUUUUCAUAUAAUUAAUAUAGUUAGCUUAAGUGCAGUUUUCCUACCAAAGUUUAAAUAGUUAAGUCAUGAAUUUCAGCUUCAAGUUGCAUUUUUAAAGAAGAUUAAUUAUUAUAUAUAUACAUUCUAGCUGCCUUUAGAUACACCAGAAGAGGGUAUCAGAUCCCAGUAUAGAUGGUUGUGAGCCACCAUGUGGUUGCUGGGAAUUGAACCCGGGACCUCUGGAAGCACAGUCAGUGUUCUUAACCACUGAUCUAUCUCCCAGCCCCCCAAAUUGCAUUUUUUUGAGGGAGGGGAGUUCUCAAACUCUGCAGGGUCUAGCAGGGAUAUUUGCUGCCAGCUUGGAGUUUUGGAUAUUAAUAGCUGCUGGCCAUUGGGGAUAUUGUGAGAACACAGUGAGAGGAAUCAAAUUCAGGAAUGCUGAAAAUGGCUGUGUAGCAGAGAGUAGAAAGGAGGAACACAUGUGAGAGCCAAGCCAGAAAUGUAUGUUGGGCUUCCGUGGCACCAUGCCAGGACUAUACCAUGGAUUUUAAUUCUUUGCAGACAGUUUUUUCAAAACAGUCUUAAAUUUUAUUUUAUUUUUCUCUUUUAGAACUUUCAAAUUAAGCUAAUGAAUUGAGCUAUCAUGGAAGGAAAUAUUUAAGGUCUAUGGUGAGGGGUUUAUUAUCAUAAUAACAACCUUGCCAACAGUCAUAGUAAACUGUCAUUUUCACAUGUAGCUGAGAAAAACAGGAGUGUCAUUACCCUAGUAAACAAUAAAUCCCAUUGCUUUAGUAAACCUCUGCACUAAAGGAGAGUUUAGUUAAAUUCUGUUUUUCUUCUUUUUUAUCUCUAUUACAUGUGGAAGCCCCCAUCUUUCGUGUGUUUAUCCAGACACAAGUGUCUCCCUAGCCAGCUGUGUCAGUGCCAUAAGUAACUUCUGAGGGCCACACCUUCCUCUCUCUCGAAGAGGAUUAGUUGAGGACUACUACACAUAAUGGCAGACUUAGUUAUUUUUCAGAAUUUUUUGACGAUUGCGUAAUUUUAGGAUGGAUUUAAUUUAGUAUGUCCUUCCAUUCCCUUUUCCCGUUCUUUUUUUUCUCUCCCUUUUCCGUUCUUGCUUUAAGCAUUUUGAACUUCUUCUGAGAAUCAGAUACUAAAUGGAAAUAUUUCUUAAGCUUAUUCUUUGAUCCAUAACUGUUUGGUUUAGAAUAACUAACUGCUUCUUAGCCUUUUCACUUCUCAUCCUGGUAUUUUGAGAUUCUAAUGUCCUUUAUUCCUAUAGUCACAGUGAAAUGACUGCUCUUUGGUGCAGUUCUAAGGGUACAAGAAAACCAAGAGGUAACUCUGGGUUACCUGGGUUAACCCUCUGGGUUAAGGCCCACAGUUUGUGUCCCCCCAAACAAACAUCUGUCUCUUCCUAUUCCCCUUAUUCUCUUUUAUAUAAAACAUAAGCAAACUUCCCAAUUGUGUCUUCAGGUUCUGUUUAGGAUUUCUGUGAGUUUUAUGGGCAUAUGCAAAAGUCCUUGGUUUAAAAAGGGUAAGAGUUUCUUUUGAAAAUAUGAGCACAAGAUGAGACAAGGGCCACACACUGUGCAAUAUUUAUAGGAAAUUUUGAAACAGGAACAUACUAGGUUGUUUUUAACAUGGCAGCACAAUUUAGUGGCUUUACAUAACCUAGCUUCAAUUUUAAUGAAGAGGAUGUUUUUAUUAGAUAGGUAAUGAAAACAAAGCUCAAGUAUAAAAUUACUGUGAACUAAAAUAGUUGAGUAGAAAAUUUGAAAAGAAAAUAGUGGAACCUUUUCCACUUUGGAUGGCAAUAUAAUUAUUAGAAGAGCGCGUAGACAUCUUGAGCCAGAUGUCAGUGUAACUUGAAUUUUUUCUUUGAUACUGGAAAGGAACAUGAGCUCUGCAGCAUCCUUUAGCAAAGAAGUAAGUUUAGUUGAUUACAGAUAAGUAGUUUAUUUAUCAUGAAUUGUGGGAGACACAAAUGUCAGUAUGUAUUGUCCGUGUGGUGUCAGCUAUUGCAGUUGGCAGAAGGCUCAGAGGUGCCUCAUUUUCCCUGUGUCAGAACCGUGACUGUUAGGCCAGAUCCUCUGCACGAAUAGCGGGACUGGCCUCACCACUGUAGACAGCCUGGGCAUGAAUGUCUAACACAUCAAAGAGCUCCUUCCAGUACUGUCUGCAAAACAAUAACAGAAGGCUAAUAUUACUGCUUGUUUGAAUACUAACUAUAAUAUAAUUAAAGGUAUCAAGGCACAAAGCAGAUAUGUAUCACUGAUCCAAAGAUUAUAAUUUAGAACAUUGUCCCUUUUGAGUUCAGAAGAAAACACAAUGUAUUCUUAUUUUCUCUUAAUUACAGUUUAAAAAUUAAACCACAGUAAGAGUAGCUUAUACAUAAUCAGUACAGAACUAUUGGGUACUGAGAAAUUAGUUGUCCAUGAAUAUUUCUGUGAAGAAUUCAGGUCAUACUUUGUGCAGUGACUGGUGGAGAGCGAGGCCCUGGCAUUGAGGUCUGGGAACUGCCAUCUUUUCCUUGUUACAUUAAUGUCAUUAUGAGUUCAAGUUGUUUGGUUAACAAAGAUCCCCUGUGCUUCAAGAACAGUGUAAUUACAUCUGUCUCUGGCAGCUGGAACCUCAUUCUCAGAACUGAAACACUCCCAUCAUGGGCACCCACUAGCAUUUCUCAGCUAAUGCUCUCCAGACGUGGUUGCCAAAUCACUACCUAUUGUCCUUCAAUACCUGCUUUGGUGCCUUUAGGUAACUAAAUAAACCACAGACUGACUGUCUAAUUUUGGCGUAUUCAAAGUGUUUUUGUCUUGCUGGUCGUAAGUGUUGGGGAUUUUAGCACAAAACCAAUGCAGAUCUUGUCUCUGGAAUGAUGGCUUGACCACAGCCCACCCCUCUCUGGGAAGGAAUGUAUUGGGGGAAUGAAGGGUGUGGGGGGUAAUGUACCACUUUAGCUGUGUGCAUGUGUUCUCUGCUGCAGGCUUGUCCAUGCGAUCGUGCCUGGAGCACUCUGGUUUCCAGGUGACAGACACGAUUCACGGUGUUUUUGAUAAAGCUGUGGAAUGGCAAGGUAUGUUUUUUAUGGGCUGUUCAAGAAUCUGUUAGCUUAAAAUUCUUCUAUGGAGGUUUCCUUUACAGGACACCUUUUGGGUUUGGCUCAAGUAAACCUGAUGUAAUUGUAAGACAACAGUUUUGAAGGCAGCUGACUGUACAAUUUUGACAAAACUCUUAUAUUCUGAUUUUAUUUUUUCCCUUCCCAUUAUUACUAAGACAGUGUUUCCAUUUAAAGCACUUGGGGUGGGGGAGCUUUAAGAAAUAGCCCAAGCUCUUAACCCCAGUCGAUGAUCCAGUCUGUUCUUAUUGUUAGAAGCCUGGUUGCCAGUAAUUUGCAAUUUCAUUAAGGAAAUUAAUGUGGCAGUUAUCAGCUAAUCCUAGGGCUUUGUUAAAUGCACUGUCCUCUGUUUGUAAGAGGAACAGUUGAGAUUGAACUUCGACUGGUUGGAGCAAAGGGCUAGUCUGGGCAAGUGGCAGGUGCGUAGAGCUCACCCGCUUUAUCACCUGCUUCGUGCUGUCCUUUCUGUCCAUGCUGUCUGCUGCCUGCAGCCCUCCACAGGUGUGUUCACAUUCCUGUUUUGCAGGUUCGCUUGAGAGAACCACAUAGCUAAUUCAGGCAGAGCUUUAGAAGGCCCGAUUGGAAGAGAGCACUCUCUAGUGACUUUCCUCUAACAGUGAAAUUGUGAAAGGUACAUGGGGACAGCCAUGAGAGGCACAGCUAUUUGGUCUCAGCAGUACAUCCCUUUCCUUGUAAAAAGAUGAAGCAUUUGAAGGUUUUGGCACAAGUGCUGGAGACUGCUGGUGCCUUUAGACUAUGCUGGUCACCUGGGGGGCCAAGAGCCCUUGUUAAAUAUCUGAGGUGUUUUGUGAACACCCAUUCUGUGGUUGCAAAGUUAGUGUCUGCUCAGAGUGCUCCAUCUCACCGGAAGUGUUUGCUUUUUCUCAUUCAUAGAGGUCCUGUAAUAAAGAGGGAUCCGAACAAGCUCAGAAUGAAAAUGAAUUUCAAGGGGCUGAGGCGAUGGUUCUGGAGAGUGUUAUGUUUGCCAUUCUUGCAGAGAGGUCACUUGGGCCAAAACUCUUUGGCAUCUUUCCCCAAGGCCGACUGGAGCAGUUUAUCCCGAGCCGGCGAUUGGACACUGAAGAGUUACGUUUACCAGAUAUUUCUGCAGAAAUAGCUGAGAAAAUGGCCACAUUUCAUGGUAUGAAAAUGCCAUUCAAUAAGGAACCAAAAUGGCUUUUUGGAACAAUGGAAAAAUACCUGAAUCAAGUACUAAGACUCAAAUUCAGCAGGGAGGCCAGAGUUCAGCAACUGCACAAGAUCCUCUCUUACAACCUGCCUCUUGAGCUCGAGAACCUGAGGUCAUUGCUGCAGUAUACUAGAUCUCCAGUUGUAUUUUGUCAUAAUGACUGUCAAGAAGGUAAUAUCUUAUUGUUGGAAGGCCAGGAGAACUCUGAAAGGCGGAAGCUGAUGCUUAUUGACUUUGAGUACAGCAGUUACAAUUACAGGGGAUUUGACAUUGGAAAUCAUUUCUGUGAAUGGAUGUAUGAUUAUACCUAUGAGAAGUAUCCUUUCUUCAGAGCGAACAUUCAGAAGUAUCCUUCCCGAAAACAACAGCUCCAUUUUAUUUCCAGUUACUUGACUACAUUCCAAAAUGAUUUUGAAAGCCUCAGUAGUGAAGAGCAGUUUGCUACAAAAGAAGACAUGUUGCUUGAAGUCAACAGAUUUGCUCUUGCCUCUCAUUUCCUCUGGGGACUUUGGUCCAUUGUACAGGCCAAGAUCUCAUCCAUUGAAUUUGGGUACAUGGAAUAUGCCCAAGCCAGAUUCGAGGCCUACUUUGACCAGAAGAGGAAGCUUGGGGUGUGAAUGGGGUGGCUCCAUUCUUCACCACUGGACUGCGGGAGGCGGCUGCACCAGGCCCUCAGUGGAGCGCUGCUGUGACCACUGCCCUGGGCAGAAGGCCUGGAUGUCUCACUACUGAGCACCGAUGUGUAUGAUACUACAGACUAUAUUAAAGUGGAGUAACAUUUCUUUCAUCUUUGUUUACACUCUCACUAGGACUCUGAACCAUGAUUGGAAGCAGAAAUAUAGUACGAUAGUGCAAUAGCUCAGAACCCGCCUAAACUGAAGGCCUUUUGGCUGCAUGGCUACAGCUUUCAGCCACUUACGGCCCCAGCUGGACAGAGCAGUGCUGUGUGGGUACUCCAAGUGCUGACUUAGGAUAUUAAUGUGCUGCAACACAUUUGUCACCAGGCUUUGAAGGUGACAGCCUGACAAUGUGUUGGAGACACUUCUGAAGGGCAAGUGAACAGACAUACUGUGAAGUGGCUCAACAGGAGGAGCCUGAGUUGUGGGGUCUAUGGAUGGCAACCAGCUGAUUCUGUACAGGGUACACUUGACUGUGGGUAUGCAGGUGGCAGCUGCAGCCCUCCUGUGCUUGUGUACGCAUGACUGCAUGGACCAGCACCACUGCCUGGCCAUAACUUCAGUGUCUCCUAACUGGGUGUGCUUUAUAGCUCCAGCUUCCUGGGAGGAGCAGUGGAGCCAGCUCCCUCACCCCUUCUUGCCUUCCCUCUGCCUGGCCUGGAACUCGGGCUUCUGCCCAUUGCCCUCUGAAGCUGCUUCCCAUCUGAUGUCACUGGGAGACAGCAGCUGUCUGUGGGGUAUUGGGGUGCAGGUAGAUUAGAGCUGUGAAAUCCAUGUACAUUAAUACCCAAUGGGAUAAACUUAGAUUUUUUUUUUACUCUGAACUCUGAAUUGUUUGUGCACAUAUUUCUGCUACCACCAAGACUGUAUUAUACAGAUAAAUAAACAACUUGAAACCUGU